GUUUCUCCAUUAAUCCAAAUCCAAAUCUACCUACAAAUCCCUAAUCUUCUCUCUUCUUGAUGCCCGCCCACAGUAUGCGCCCGAGAUAAUGUCAUUUACCUCUUUCCCCAUAGAAACUCUCGACUUGCCGAACAACUUUCGCGACGCUGCUCUCAAAGCAAACCUGACGACGUCCACUAUCCUCUUAUCGCCAAUACCAAAAUUGACAGAGCUGCUGAAAUGCAAAAUCCCUUUUGCUCAAGAUCUCGUGAAAGCCGUCUCGCAAGCGCUGGCCCCCAAACCUGUCACUGUAGACGUUUCAUUUGACGAUGAUUACGGUCAAGGAGCGUGUGAGAGGGGGACAGGAGAAGAGAUGGCUGGGAAAGGGAAGGGGAAGUGGAUAUCGACUGGCGAUGAAGGGUUGGAUGAGUGUCUGGGAGGGGGUUUGAGACGAGGUUGUCUGUAUGAGAUUGCUGGAGAGAGUGCGGCGGGCAAAUCUCACUUUGCUUUGACUCUUGCCCUUUGCUGCCAGCUGUCGUCACUCACGUCGUCCCCUGGCGGCUCUCUUAUCCUUACAUCCGAACGAGAGCUCUCCACCGAUCGACUGAUCCAGCUCGGAGAACCUCUGUUAGCCGUACAUGAACCACGGGCAGAAGAACGGCCCGAGGGAGAGAUUGAUCCUCGCGUCAAGGGUUUACUGGAUAAUAUCCUGUCAAACAGAGUCAGCGAUAUCGAUGCUCUUGAACAUGCGCUGAGCUACGUGAUCCCCGCACUCCUCGAAUCCCGGCUUAAAACAUCAUCAUCAUCAUCAUCCCAACCUUUUCCUUCUCGUUCACACCUCAAACCUAUCAGGCUCAUCAUCCUCGACUCUCUCACUGCCUUAUUACGCGGCGGCAGCGCGUCUUCUCCUUCUACAAGGCCUGCAGCCACCUCCUCCUCCUCCCUGACAGAACGGUCCAAACAUUUAUGUGUGGUGGCAGAUCUGCUCAAGGCGCUGGCGGCGAGGUACGAUUUGGCGGUUGUGGUGAUCAACCAAGUAUCGGACGUUUUCCCGCGACAACAACACUCGUCUUCGUCGGGUGUGGUGGCGGCGUAUAGUUCACCUUUGAUGCUGGCGGGUACGCCCCCUAGUAGUGCGUGGGACCAGACUCAGCCGUUUGGGCCUGGUAUGGCUCAGCAGCAACAACAAGGAACAAGUAAUGCAAGUGGAGGUGAUCCCCCGAUGCUUUACGCGAGUCAAUCACGCUGGUUUUCCGGUCAGAGCGAUGUGUUGAACAAGGAAGCUAGUUUGGGUAUCGUGUGGGCAAACGCGGUCAACGUACGGAUUAUGCUGUCAAGAACUGGUAGGAGGAGGAUGUUGGAUCAAGAUGAUCUGAGGCCGGUAAAACGACGGCGGCCAAGAGAAGACGAUGAUGAUGAAGAAGAAGACGAAGCUGGAAUUGGAGCUGGGGCUGAUGAAAAAGGAGAGAGAAGGAGUCGCAUCCAAAUCGACAAAGCAAAGCCUACACUCAUCAGGCGGAUGCACGUUGUCUUCUCUCCCUUUUGCCCAAGCGGCACGGUCGACUACGCCAUCACCCCUAGCGGGAUCCAUUCCCUACCAGGCAGCUACGAGCCGAUUAAUAUCGUGGAAAACAUGCGGAAAGUAUGGGGCAGUGGGAAAGGUAUGCAAGGGCCGGCGGGAGUCAUGGCGGGUACUGGGGAUGUAGGCAUGGGAUGGGGAGGGAUACAGAAGGAGGAGGGCGGGGGCCUGGGUGGGGAUGUGUUUGAUGAUUAUGGGGAAUUGCCGGCAGAGUAUUGGGAUGCGGUGAUAGCUGGAGAGACUACGGCGCCUGAGCCGUCUGUGACGGAAGAGACUGAUGAGCGUGUUGUUAAUGAAGCGGAUGUGGUAGAAGAGACCGGACCAUAAUGUUCAGUAAUGAAGCCGAUGAAACGUCAGAAGAAAAGUAAUUUGGCCGGUUAGUCAUUGCUACUCUAAUGUAAUAACUUGACAAG